ACUGGGUGUGUGGAUGCAUGUAUCCGCGUCCUGCCUCACCUUUCUUUUCCAUCCCUCUGACUCUCCCGCCUUUUUUCCCUUCACUUUCACCUCCUCUCGCUCUCUUCAAGGUUAUCUACUAUUGUUUUCUGAGACUGGACUCACUGCACGCUUCUCUCCUUUUUCUUUCGGGAGGACCAUGUGAGGCUCUUGAAUACGGCUGAGCGGCUCUUCUGGAAUUCGCUGACGCUGCGCCUGGUCCCGCGUGGCCUCCUGUGAGCAGGAUGGACACUCUGGAGUCAGAGCUGACCUGCCCAAUCUGCCUGGAGCUUUUUGAAGACCCACUACUGCUCCCCUGCGCUCACAGCUUGUGUUUCGGCUGCGCCCAUCGCAUCCUCAUCUCCCACUGCGCCACCAACGAGUCCGUCCAGAGCAUCGGCGCCUUCCAGUGUCCCACCUGCCGAUAUGUCAUUUCCCUGAGCCCCGAGCGCGGACUAGAAGGACUUAAGCGAAACGUCACCUUGCAGAACAUUAUCGAUCGAGUUCAGCGGGCCUCAUCUUCGGCCGGGGUGCCCCUGCCGCUGCCCGCGCCCCACAGCGGGCCCAACUCUCCCGGCGAGGAAGGGAGCGACCGGCUGGCGCUGGUCCCGUUCAGCGCCGCCAUGUCCGGCCCGAUCACGCCUCCUGAGCCGAUCCAGUGCCAGUUCUGCGAGCAGGACCCGCCGCAGGACGCCGUCAAAACGUGCGUGACGUGCGAGGUGUCGUACUGCGAGGAGUGCCUCAGGGCCACGCACCCGAACAAGAAGCCGUUCACCGGCCACCGGCUCAUCGAGCCCAUGCCGGACUCCCACCUCAGGGGGCUUCAGUGCCUGGAGCACGACGAGGAGAAGGUCAACAUGUACUGUGUCACGGACGAUCAGCUCAUCUGCUCGCUGUGCAAGCUGGUGGGGAGGCACAGAGACCACCAGGUGGCGGCGCUGAGCGACCGCUACGAGAAACUCAAGCAAGCCCUGGACUCCAACCUCACCAACUUGAUCAAGAGGAACAACGAGCUGGAGUCUCUUAUGGGGAAAAUGAUCCAGACAUGUCAACAUGUAGAGGUGAACGCAUCCCGCCAGGAGGGCAAGCUCCUGGAGGAGUGCGACGUGCUGAUCGAGAUCAUCCAGCAGAGGAGGCAGAUCAUCGGCAACAAGAUCAAGGAGGGGAAGGCGCAUAGGAUCCGCAAGCUCGCCCAACAGAUCUCCAACUGCAAGCAGUGCAUCGAGAGGUCCUCCGCCCUCAUCACGCAGGCCGAUCAGACGCUGAAGGAAACAGACCACGCUCGCUUCCUGCAGACCGCAAAGAGCAUCAACGAGAGGGUUUCCAUGGCGAAUGCAUCCACCCAAGUGCUGAUUCCUGAGAUACACCUAACGGACACCUUUGACACGGUGGCCCUGGACUUCACCAGGGAGAAGAAGUUGCUGGAGAAUCUGGAUUACCUCACAGCUCCAAGCGCUCCGUGCAUAAGGGAAGAGUUGUGCACAGCUUCGUACGACACCAUCUCCGUGCACUGGACGUCUGAUGACGAGUUCACCGUGGUGUCCUAUGAGCUCCAGUACGCCAUCUUCACUGGGCAGUCUAACAUUGCCAGUCUGUGCAACUCAUUGGAGAGCUGGAUGAUUGUUCCCAACAUCAAGCAGAACCACUACACGGUGCACGGCCUGCAGAGCGGGACAAAGUACAUCUUUGUCGUCAAGGCCAUCAACCAAGCGGGAAGCCGGAGCAGCGAACCGGGGACGCUGAAGACCAACAGCCAGCCGUUUAAGUUGGACCCCAAAUCGGCCCACAAGAAGCUGAAGGUGUCCCACGACAAUCUGACGGUGGAGCGGGACGAGACCACAUCCAAGAAGGGCCACAGCCAGGAGCGCUUCACCAGCCAGAGCAGCUACGGCGUGGUGGGGAACGUCUACAUCGACAGCGGCCGUCACUACUGGGAGGCUCUGAUCGGAGGGAGCACGUGGUACGCCGUGGGCAUAGCCUACAAAUCGGCCCCCAAGCACGAGUGGAUCGGCAAGAACUCGGCCUCCUGGGUGCUCUGCCGCUGCAACAACUCCUGGGUGGUCCGCCACAACAGCAAAGAGCUGGCCAUCGAGCCCUCGCCCCACCUGCGGCGCGUCGGCGUCCUGCUGGACUACGACGCCGGCUGCGUGACCUUCUACGACGCCGUGAGCUCGCAGCACCUGCACACCUUCCACGUGUCCUUCGCCCAGCCCGUGUGUCCCGUGUUCAACGUGUGGAACAAGUGUCUGACGAUCCUCACCGGCCUGCCCAUCCCCGACCACCUGGAGGGGCAGGAGCCCGAAAACUGAAAAACGGACGGACGGGGAUCCGUCGGCAUGAACCGGUCUCAAUCAUCUUAAAGCUGCACUGCGGCACGUUUGGGAUCAUCUGUCAGCGUCCCAUCCUUUUGAAUUGGUUUAAAUCCGCUCUUAUCAGAAUUGUGGUGCAAAAAUAUAAACAGUCUCCCUGGGGGAAAAAAAAAACCUGCACUAAAAUGUGUCUAAAUAUUUGCUACCAUUGUUGCAAAAUUGCCUAGUGUGGCUUUUUAAAAGAAAAAUAAGAUGUCCGGUGUGUCUUCUAAAAUAUGAUUUUCCGUGGUUUAUUUCGAUUUUUGAAGACGAUCUGGCGCUGGUUCAUGUGACAAAUCUUUUCCAAGGAGGUUGACAGUAAGCCGGUCAAUACAGAAGAAACUACGACAAAUGGACAGAUCUGAGGCAGAAAUUCCUACUCAAAUGCACUUUGGGCAAUGACGGGUGCAUUGGCACCAUGGCAACAGGGAAACAAGCCACAAAUCAAUUUCAAAUUUUCUUUUUCUUUUUUUUUGACACCAACUUAAUAGCACUUUGAAAAUCCCUGAAAGUACACACAUCCCCCUAACACACACACACACACACACACACACACACCAGUGUGAACUAACUGCUGGAAUGGGCAGAAUUGUGUAUAUUUUGUAAAUUCAUCACCUCCUCUUAUUUCUUCUUUCCCUCAUUCAUUAAAAUGGAACCAAAGUAGCUGUUGCAGUCUGUUCAGAUGUCUUUAAAUAAAUGCAGAAUUAUUUUUUAAAAACACAAAAGAUAUAGAAUUAUGUUGUUAUUAAAUGCAGAAUCCCCUUAAAUGUAGAUCUUGUUUUGGUACAUUGCUCACAUUAUUCAUGCUGUUUGAAUGCUGUCAGCUUCAAAUGUAUUGUGGUGAAAUGAACACACAGCAUAGAGUUCUGUGUUCUGAACUCACUUUAUCUUUUUGCCAGCUAUUAGGAUUGUUUGUCAUACAUUCUAUACAGUUUUUGCCCCAAGUUAUUAUUAGAGCUAAGGGAUAAAAUGCAUCGAGUGUCACUUUUCUAUACACCAAGCUCUUGUGGGACAUUUGUGCUGGUGUGCCAAUACUAAAUUGAUUUGCAUCUAACAAAGAGUGUCUUCCCUUUAUUAAAAUAUGUCACGUCAUGUUUACUCUGAGGUCUUCAAACCCACAUGCAGCAUCACCUUCUUGAAAACAUGUUGCACAUUCAUGUCAGAGUGAUGUCAUUGGCUUGCCAUUUUAAAAGGGAAAAAAAGCCACUCAAAGGUUACGCCCAUAUGAACAAAACCUCCCGAAGGGAUAUUGUCAGUACCAUAUAUUAUAGUUUAAUAUUGUUCUAUGCUUGAUAUUGUUCAACUGUGGCGGAAGGCGCUCCUCGGUGUGAAUACAAACAUUUGGUUGUAUAAAGUUGCUUUGUUGGUUACCUGGUUACCUGGUACACUUUAAAAGAACAAUCUGUAUUUUAAUUCUGUGUUUCCUUGGCCAUUCAUCUGUACGUUUUCAUUGUAUCCGAUAAUUUAAUGUCUCCAUUUGAACUUCAUGACGUGGUGUUUAUCGUGCCGUCUCUGUGGACAGUUUAAUGGAAAGCGGGACGCGGGCGAUUGCAUCACCGUGGUCCGAGAUGAGUCUAUGAAAAGGUCAAAAAUAAACUUCUGUUCCCUUUUAACGUCAAA